AAAGAAAAUAAGCGGAAAAUCAACAAAAAACAAUCGUUCGUGUGUGCGUUGAUCGUGAUUAUUUUUUAGUAGUGUCGAACAAGAAUUGUAAUAACAUACAAUUUUCAAUUAAAUCGUCUUGUUAGUAGUUAGUUCCAAAGUCGAGCUACGUGAGCGUCUACAUGUGGAAGUGUGUAUGUGAGUGUUCUUAUACCGUCGCGUUUGUGGCCAAAGGCAGAGAGCAAAAAGCGCGCGUCAAUUAAAAUAAAUAUUUAAUGGCAAUAAAGCAUUGCUAUGGGUGUGUAAAAGAAAAGCAAGCAUAAUAAGCAUUUGCCAAACACAACACACAUACAUAAUAAAUAUAAAUAUAUUGAAACAAGUGUUGUUCAAUUGUGAUUUUCGGUGCACACACACACGCAAAUAGGAACACAGCCACAAACAGCACUCACACAUGGAAACCCAAAACGAGAUUGAGAUUUUUUGCAAACGUCCGUUUGCGGCUGUGUGUGUGUGUUUGCGUCGCUUGUGAAACAACAAGAGUAGCAGCAACAAAAAUCCAAAAACAGCAAAACUUGUACCAAUUUUGCACUUUACUGUUCAUAAAGCACAAUAAAGCGAGCAACAACUACGCGUAAAGGCAAAGGCGUCCAAGUGUUGCCGCACGAUUUUCACCUGCUGUGUGGGAAUCAUAAUAGAAAAAAUAUUUGUGCCGUUGUUUUGCUGAUUUCUAUAGCAAAUGCUACAACAAUAGCAACGAAAGCAACAACAACUAGUGAAAGUGUUAUAACAACAACAAAUAUUCAAUAUUAUUGUCGCUAAAUGUGGCCGAUGUGCGGGUGUGUUUAACAAUCAAUGUACAAUUAACUGUACAUUGCACCGAAUUGGAUUAAAGCUGCCAACACAACAGGAAUACAAACAACAACCACAACAACAGCAACAACUACAUAUUUGCAACGGCAAGCAAAAGCAACACAAGAAUAAAAACCCAAUGCAACCAUGAGUGCAAGAACGAGCAUGUGGCCUUCCUGUGAAGAACCCUAAUGAGUCAAACCCAGAGCAAACAACGACCAGAAUGAGCCAACCUCAAAAUGACUCAAUUUAUGGCAAUUCAGCAAUUCAUCUACCAGAAAUGGAACUGAAAAGUAAUUAUAAGGUUGUGCAUACGCAAGCAACAAGUAGGCCUAUUUAGGAUGGCCUAGCGGAGAGAACGCAAAGAAAAUCGCAACAUAAUCAAAAGCCAAAACCAAAAAUCUAAUUAACCCACUGUGAGCGCCGCUUAUACUCAACUGGCACUGUCCGGGCUCUGAUAGACGGCUCCAUAACACCACCCAUUCAAAAACGAAAUCAAAAUGAACUCCGUCAUUUCCGCUUUUAAAACAAAGAAAAACAGCUCCACAGCCUCCGCAGCGAGCAGCAAUGGAGCAGGUGCAGCAGUCUCGACCAGCAAUGGUAUACCCGCCGGCAAUGGCCAGCAAAACGGCAUUGUGGGCACCAUUACCAUAGCCAGUGUGGGCGGCGGAGUCACCAAAAAGAAGCCUGUGGCUCAGGACAAUGGCUACCAGUACUUGCGCCACAUACGUGAGAUAGAGACUGCCAACAAGUUGCUGUCGCCCGUCGUUGUGGUGGCCACCGAUGGUCUGCUCGAGAGCAGCGAAAUGCUCAAUUUCCGUCCAGCCAACGGGCUUAAUGGUGCCACCGCAAGUGGCAGCGAUGUUGUGGAUCACUGCGCGCCUGCCACCGUGCGUCUGUCCAGUGACUCGGACUUUAACAUGAAUGGCAAGAGCAGCGAGGCAAGUAGUUGCACUGGCAGCCUCGUUACCCUAGCCGAAAAUGGCAACAUGGACACACGCGAGCCGUUGAGCGGUGCCUGCUCACCACCGCCGUCAUAUGCGGGGGCAGUGCCGGACGACGAUGACAUAUCGGAGCAUUCGACGGCCGCCUGCAACAGCACGAGUAGUAGCAGCGAGCACAGCAAUAGCACUGUGGUUCACAGUCCCACUGUGGUUACAUCAACAACCGCCUCUGCCGCGCAAGCACAGCCAAGUCCAGCCAAAAGUCUGAGUUUGAGUCUGAGUAGCAAUUCCUCGGCUAGUUGUUCGUAUGCCUCCUCGAUUGCCAUUACCUGCGAACCGCACUCAGCGUCCACCACGACUCUGUCGUCAUUGGGCUCCGAGCCCGCCACCGCUUCCCAACCGCUGGCCGUGUGCACUUCCAAUGGGGGAGAUGACUCCCAAACACCGUUGGCAUCGCCUGUCAUGCACAGAACGGCCGAAUGUGAGAAUUAUGUGCCCGCCUUUAUGAAACCCACAAAAGCCGCCUUCAUGAAGUCAGCGCCCGUCACAUUGCCCAUCAUCGUGCCGAAUGGCACCAGUAGCCUGACAGUCAACUCGGCGGCGAGCACUCCAAAGCACACACGCUACUCCAAACCGCGCCUCACUCUGAGUCGUGUGUUUAAUCACUCAAUGCCGUCGGUGCAUGGUCGACCCAAUCUGAGCAUUGCGCCACCAGCCGGCCAGGCAGGAGUGGCCGGCGCCAAUGGCACUCCACCGAAACGCAUUUCAACGCAUCAGAGGAACUUGAGCUUGGAUUUUAGAUCCAUGGGCAUAUUGCUACCUCCAGUUUCCCAAGUGACCAAUACACGCAUCAAUCACACACAACAUCAUCGGAAUCGCAGCCUCGACAGUGCCCUGCAGCGCAUACCAGAGGUUGAAGUCUCCUCGCCCAAUGCCGAGAGCGAGAAUACAUUCUGCUCCCCAUCGUCAAUACUGGGCACAAAUAUGUGCUCGAAGAUUGUAACAACAGCGGCCAGUGUAACAGCCGCGCUAUCCACGACGACGCCCACGCCAUCCUUGACAUCGGCGGCGACACCCAUACCAGGGCCAGGGAUAGGAGCAUUGGUAACACCUCCGUCGGCUACGGCUGGAAUUCAUCAGCAGCAGCACGCGCUGCAUUUGCAGAAUACACCAAGUGUGGUUGUCGAUUCCUGCCCCACUUUGCGGACGAGACCCAAGUCCAGCGAGUCGACGUCUACGCGCGUCCAGGACAUUGCCAGCGUCAUUGGUGGCGUAGUCGGAAUCGUUGGUGACGGCAACAACAGUAACACGGCAAGCAGCAACAACAGCUGCAGCAGCGCUGGCAGUAGCAAAAAGCGCGAGGAUCUCACCAGUCUCGGAUCAGACGACUCGGGCAUCAUCUGUGGCUCGGACUCGGAUCAAAUCUCACUGAAUCGCAUAUGCCACUCACAUGAAUCGCUCGACUCGGGUGAAAUGGAUGCUGAUGCAGAUGUAGAGGAGGAGUGCAUCGAUAUGAUGGACACAACGUCCAUGGACGAGGACUACAAUCAAAUCCAAUCGGAUUUGGGCUUUUAUCCGCCCCAUGCCUCCUCCAAUGAGAUUGACUGUCGCACGCUUCGACCUUCACGCAAGCAAAGGCAGCAGCAGCAGCGCGCUCAGGAGCAGGCCAAGCUGGCGAUGCUGGAGCAGCAACAACCACAAUCACUGCAGCAGCAGCCGCGUUCAGUUGAUGAGCGCCUGCGCUAUCGAGUGAUGAAUAUGUCCCAGGCGGCUCUCAACAUAGAACGUGGCACGGCGCCCAACGAAAUCGAACCGGUGCUCGACGACGAUGAGGAGAACGAGGACACUGCCAUUGCCUCGUCAUUUCCAAGCGCGGAUGUAGUAGAUUCAGCGUUAUCCACGCCAACAGUAACAGCAGCAACGACUCCCGCCACGCCUGUGGCAACACCCACACCCACGGAGAAUACCAAGAACGACCAGGUGCUAUUCAAGAACUUCUUUGGUGCCACAAAGAAUGCGAUUUUCCGCACAGCUCAGAGCAUCAUUGAGAAUCAUGAGAAGAAGAAUGCGGCCAAACAAAAGUGCGGCGAUCAGGAUGUUGCAGCAGGAUCAGCGACAGGAGCCACCACACCAGGCGGCACACCCACCACACCACAGGAUCAGGUGAAAUCGCCAACGGACAUUUCCAAAAAGAAGGAGUUCUUCAGCCUGCUCACCUCCAACUCAAGCAAAAAGGCCGCGGCGGCAGCAGCAGCAGCGGCUGCAGCCAACUCUGCAGUCAAUACGCCGGUAGCGACGCCUACUGAACCAUCCGUACCGGAUCCCAAAGCGACAGCAGUCUGUGAGCCAACAACAACGAUUUCAGAGGCGGUAAAUAGUAAAGAGCGCACCCUUAAUCUGCGACUUCCGGGCUCUGUGGAGAACGACGCGACCACCACCGAAGUGGCGCUGCCAAAGUCCUCCUCCAUCAGCUCAUUGCACAAGCUAAAGGUGCCAGUGCCUGGCGUGGUGAAGUACUUUAUAAGUGAUCGUUCGCAGGCUAGCGAUGCGCUACAGAAGAGCGAACGAGGUCCCAGCGGUCUUUUGCGCUUCUUUGAGUCGCCGGUCUUCAACAUUCACUUUGCCGUGCAUUAUCUUUUCUAUUCGAAGGAGCCCGGUGUGCUCAGCUUCAUUGGCAACAAGAUUUUCAGCUUUCCCGAUCAAGAGGUCGAUCUCUAUAUACCGCAAUUGAUUGUCAUGUACAUACAAAUGGACGAACUGGCGGAGGUGUUGGAUCCCUAUUUGACAAUCCGCUGCCGUAAAUCCGUGGACUUCUCGCUGAAAUGCCUAUGGCUUUUGGAGGCCUACAACUAUCAGGUGGACCCGCUGUGUAACACAAGCAGUGCACGCAAGUCCAAACUGGCGCUCAUGAAGGAGAUCUUCUCGAAAAAGGAACAGAAGCUUCAGGCUCGCAAUGAGCUCAAGUCGACUGCCGCCGCAAGUGCAGGUGCUGCCGCAGCAGUGAAGAAAACACAUCAUCGUUCACAGUCCGAUGCAACAGUCCUAACUCGUGGCGACUCGCGCGCACCACACCCACUGAGCAUAGCACAUCGCAUUUACCAGCAGCCGCCGUACACAACACAAACGCUGCCGACAACGCCGGCCAAGCUCUGCCUAGGCGAUCUGGCCUCGGGUCGGGCGUUCGAUAACGGCUGUACUUGUUUCGAGACUGUGCGUGGCCAAGUUAAUGGACUGCUGGGGCAGCGCACGCUCUGCAGCUGUGGAGCCCCAAAGACGGCACCACAAAAGGAAUUCAUGAAAGCGCUGAUGAAUGUGGGUCGGAACCUCACUUCGCUGCCCUCGAAAGCGGAGAAAACCUCGGCACUUCGAAUGUUCCUUAACCUGAUAAACAAGAACUUGCCCGCGCGCGUUUGGCUUCCGCUCUAUUCGGACAUUCCGCACCAUGUGGUGCGCAUCACAGAGGAAAAGACUGCAGUGCUCAACUCGAAGGACAAGACGCCCUACAUCAUCUACGUGGAGGUAGUGGAGGUGCCCGACAUAUACACCUCGCCCCUGAUACCCAAGAUGAUGCCCUCACUGCGACACACAAAGAGUGAGGAGCACUUAGAGGGCGUCUGCAUGAAUGCGCAUCCAAGCUGCAGCCGAACCUCGAGCUGCAGCAGUAGCCAACAUGGAUCCAGCUGUCGUCGCAAGAAGACAGCUGGCGAAGCUCACCAAGAAGGUGGCGACGCAAGCGCCCACAACUGUGUGCUCACACUGGGUGGCCUGCAGCUGCACGAAGACGAUGUGUGGUCGCAGGAGGAUGACGAAAUAACGGCGCAGUACUUGAACAUGCGCAAGAUCAGCGAACGCGAUGCCAUUUCGCAAAUGUCGCUCGAUUCCUGCGACUCGCGUGAUCAAGGUCCACCGGUUGUCUUCAACAUUGGCGAUGUACGGACUCGCCACUGCAAUAAUUUGAGCUGCGAAAACACCAAAUCCUUUAGCAAUGAUCCCGAAGACCCCUCAGCGGCAGCCCUGAAGGAGCCCUGGCACGAAAAGGAGAAGCUGAUUCGCGAGUCCUCCCCCUAUGGUCAUCUGUCGAACUGGCGCCUCCUUUCCGCUAUUGUCAAGUGUGGCGAUGACCUACGCCAGGAGCUAAUGGCGACUCAAUUGCUGCAGAUGUUCAAGAUCAUUUGGCAGGAGGAGCACGUAGACCUCUGGGUGCGACCUUACAAAAUAGUUUGCCUGUCGAACGACAGCGGCCUAAUUGAACCCAUACUGAACACCGUAUCGCUGCAUCAGAUCAAGAAGAAUUCCAACAAAUCUCUGCGCGACUAUUUCAUCGAUGAGUAUGGCAAACCGACUGGCGAGACUUUCCGUCGUGCACAAAAGAACUUUGUGCAGAGCUGUGCGGCCUAUUGCCUUAUUUCGUAUUUGCUGCAAGUCAAGGACAGACACAAUGGCAACAUACUCUUUCAUUCAGAUGGGCACAUAAUACAUAUUGAUUUCGGUUUCAUAUUGAGCAUAUCGCCAAAGAAUUUGGGCUUCGAGCAAUCGCCAUUCAAACUCACACCCGAAUUUGUCGAUGUCAUGGGCGGCACGGGCUCAGAGCACUGGCGGGAAUUCAAUCGACUGCUCCUUGUCGGCAUGAUGUCGGCCCGCAAGCAUAUGGAUCGGAUAAUCAACUUUGUCGAAAUCAUGCGCAGCAAUGCUCAGCUGCCGUGCUUCAAGAAUGGCUGCUCCGGCACCGUACAGAAUCUCCGCAAACGCUUUCACAUGAAUUUAACAGAACAGGAAAUGGAAAGGAAGGUUGAACAGCUGGUGCAGGACUCCUUGAAGAGUUUAUCGACGAAACUGUACGAUGGCUAUCAGUACUACACGAAUGGCAUAUUGUGAGAAAGGUUUUUCAUGAAAAUCUAAUCGGGUGGCGAAGCAAACGAAGCAACAGUAACUGAGAGCCGAAAAGCCGUCGCUGAUAAACCAAAACUAUGGACUGAUUUUUUCAAAAAAAUAAUAUAUUUAACAAAAACUCAAAAAGUAUAUUAUAUUAUGUAUAUUAUAAUAUGUAGCACAUCCAAAAAAUAGGAAGAAAGAGUAACAAGAAUGAAUGUAAGGAAAUGAAAAUUUUUACCACACCACUGUUACUGUA